UUAUUUAGAGAAUAAAAGAAGGAAGGAAAACUGAGAGUGGGUUGUGUUUGGUGCAGAGAAGCGAAGUGAGAGCGAGAGAAGUAGAGAAUGUUCAAGAAGGCGGUGGAGGCGAAAUCUCACCAGAGGCUCUCUGGUGCGGACAGAAAGAAGCUCAGACGAAGCAUUAAGGACAAAUUCCAGAGGGUUUCUGAUUCCGACUUAGACGCCUUGCUUCCUCCCAAGGCAGAAAUUGCAGUGGCCAAGUUUCAAAACCGUGUUCAUGUGUAUGCUGUCGAGGGAGGCUUUCCGAUGUUCUUCGACGUUGAUGGUCGCGGCUCUGACAUUUUCCCAACAGUUUAUGCACUGUGGAUUGUCCCCGAGCUGCUGCCUGCGUUCGUGCUCAAGGGUGGUGAGGUUUCCCGGUUUGUUAUUGGAGGCGCAGACUUGAUGUUCCCAGGUAUAACGGUGCCUCCCGAAGGUCUUCCUUCGUUUCGGGCAGGGGAGCCUUGGGCCGUCAAAGUACCCGGAAAUCCUGCUCCUAUUGCAGUUGGGAGUACCACCAUGAGCAGCGAUGAAGCAUUGAAAGCUGGAUUGCGUGGAAAGGCGCUAAGAAUAACUCAUUACUAUCGUGAUUUGCUUUGGGAAUCUGCCGAAGGCUGUUAUGUGCCUAAUGCUGGUUUUUUCGAAGAUGUCGUGUUUGAGGAUCCUUCUUCGUUACAAGCUUCUUGUGAUUCCGAUUCAACUGACGUUACUGGUGAGACAUCAACUGAUCAUCAGAACAACCAAAAAAGUGACGGAGUGGUGGAAUCUCUGGAUGUGAAUGAGUUACAACAUGAUUCCGCCUCUGGAUUGAUGUCACCGGAUGAUGGUGAAAAUGGUGCUGCGACUGGAGUAACUGAAAGCAUGGCCGAUUUGAAGUUACCGGAUACUGCGUCUGGUAAUGACCCUAACGACCAACAGACUCUAUCAACUGCAGAUAUAGAUUCCCUGUUAGAUAAGUGCCUUCUUCAAGCUUUGCACACAACAGUGAAGGACAAAGACCUUCCAUUGCCUGGAAGCACUCUAUGGUCGAACCAUGUAUUACCAUGCAGACCUUCAGGAAUUACUUUGGAUAUCAAGAAAUCUUCCUACAAAAAGUUAUCAAAGUGGUUACAAGCAAAAUCCACCUCUGGCUUGAUUUCAGUGAAAGAAGAUAAACACAAAAAGGAAGUCAUGCUGUUUUCAGUAAACCGAAACCAUGCCGAUUAUUCAUCCUUUAAGCCUGAAAAAAGGCGAGUUGAGAAAAGUGAGCAGCCUAGUGUUCAGUCUGCUAAUGAAGUUCGUACGUCCAAAACUCUUGAAGUUGCUGAAAUCUACAAGCCCAGUGUACAUGUCAAUGCCAUAUUUUCAGCUGUAGGAGCUGACCCAGGGAAACUUUUUAGUGCUUCUGAAGCUACCGAUAUUGUCUUCACAUAUGUUGAGAAAGAAAAUCUUGUUAAACCAACAAAUAAAUCCAUUGUGAUUCUUGAUGCACUGUUAUGUGAUUCACUGUACAAGGGGGCUAUUAAAAAAGGAACAACUUAUCCUACAGAAAUUCACAAGAAGGAUUUAGGAUCAUCAUUUGUGAGCCGUAUGCAGCCUCACCAUGUUGUAACCAGAGGGAAUGAAUCUGUAGUUCGUAAAGGUGCACUUAAAACAAUUCAGUUAUUGACAGAACGACGGCAAGGCAACAAGAAGGUAACCAAACUCUCGGGUAUGGAAAGUUUUCUUAUAGAUGCUGAAGCAUUGGCGUCAGAACUGCAGAAGAAGUUUGCAUGCAGUACCUCUGUCGCAGAACUGCCAGUUGAUGGAAUGCUGAUGAUACCUGAGAUUAUAAAACUACGUUUGUGGUCUCUUAGGUGGAAAGGAUAAGGUAAAAAAGGGCAUGAAGUUUUGGUUCAAGGAGGGGUUAUCGAUGACUUAGCUAGGCAUUUGAUUGAACAAUAUGGAGUGCCAAAGAGAUACAUUGAAGUUCUUGAUAAAACCAAGAAAUGAGCUACCUACAAUGCUUUUAUUUAACGCUGCUGGGAGUACUUUACUUGGAUGCCUAUAGAUGUAUGUUCUGUAUGUUUCGCACCCGGGUUUAUUGGGUUGAUUGAGAUUAAUAUAAAUGGAGCGAGCAAAGAAUAGAAAUGAACAAAAUACAAAUGUUCUUUCCGAUUCAAAAAAUUGCUGUUUUCAAGUUUAUUGUGAAACUCUGAAUGGAGGAUGCCACCAUUCAGAUCAACGAACUUGAUCAGUCGAGCCAACAUUAACAUUGUUUUCACUCUUCGAUCUGUAAGCUAUAGACUGAACUCUCCCUGUGGUCUUUGAGAUUGGUAGUAUACUCUUAAUUUUAUAAAA